UGGCUAGAGACGAACGUUCUACCCACAAAUCCGCGCACCCAAGCGUUCUCUUGAAGAGGAAACGCCAUUUUGUGAAGUUGAGUGGUGCGUUGUCUUGUCCUGAAGUUGUAGAUACAUACAUUUCUGGAGCAAUAAGUAUUAAAUACGGGACUACAGCUCGAUAUGUCAGUUGUUAAAGUAGAAAUGAACGCAGAAAAUGUUGAUGGGCAACAAGAAAAUCAAAGUGGACAUAAUCAUUCGAUGGGUGGUAGGGGCGGAGGACGUGGCGGAGGGCGGCAAAGAUUUGGUGGGCCAGGAGGUCGACAGAGAGAUGACAUGAGAGGCGGAAUGCGUCAAGAUGUGAAUGCAGAAAAAAAUGUCGAGGGUGAGGAUGCAGAUGGUCAGGGUGGUGUAGGCCGAGGGGCAGCUGGUAGUGGCCGAGGCAGAGGGAACCGCUUUCGUGGUGGAGCUGGGGCACGUGAAGACUGGGGCAUGCGCAACCAGGAUGAUCGUUUGAACGAGAGAUUGGCAGGCCUUUCAGCACCAACACAUGACCUUGCACCUCAAGAUAUUCGUGAGAAGAAGUUUACUGGUCGAUGUCGCUUAUAUAUUGGUAAUCUGACUAGUGAUGUAACAGAAGAUGAGAUAACACAACUAUUCCAGCCUUUUGGAGAAACUGCUGAACUUUUUGUCAAUAAAGAGAAGAAUUUUGCUUUUAUUAGAUUGGAUUACCGGGCUAAUGCAGAAAAAGCAAAGAGAGAGUUGGAUGGUCAAAUGAGAAAAGGCAGAGCACUGAAAGUUCGCUUUGCUCCUCACAGUGCAGCAGUGAAAGUGAAGAAUUUGACUCCAUGGGUGAGCAAUGAGCUCCUUGAGAAGGCUUUCUCAGUGUUUGGGGAGAUUGAACGAGCCGUUAUUAUUGUUGAUGAACGUGGAAAGUCGAUGGGGGAAGGCAUUAUUGAAUUUGCUAGAAAACCAGGAGCACAAAUGGCAUUGCGACGAUGUACUGAAGGAUGCUUUUUCCUUACUGCUUCCCUUCGUCCAGUUGUGUUGGAACCAUUUGAACAAUUAGAUGAUGUAGAUGGUUACGCCGAAAAGAACUUGCCAAAGAAGAAUCCUGAAUACUACAAGGCACGAGAGGUUGGUCCUCGGUUUGCAUCCCCUGGGAGUUUUGAAUAUGAGUAUGGAACUCGCUGGAAACAGCUUCAUGAAUUAUACAAACAAAAGGAAGAAGCAUUAGCACGUGAAAUGAAGAUGGAGGAAGAGAAACUUGAGGCUCAAAUGGAAUAUGCUCGCUAUGAACAUGAAACAGAGAUUCUCAGGGAACAACUGCGUCAGCGUGAACUUGAUCGGGAGCGUCAGAAACGGGAAUGGGAAAUGAAGGAACGUCAGGCUGAAGAACAGCGGUUGGCUGAUGAAGAACGUAUGCGUCGGCAGCAGGAGGAAAUGCAACUGAGAAUGCACCACCAGGAGGAAGAAAUGCGUCGGCGUCAGCAAGAAAACACACUUUUUAUGCAGGCUCAUCAGUUAAGCAGUUUGUUGGAUCAGCAAGAGCAGGCAUUACGACAGACUCCGGCUGGUUAUGACUCACCUGGUGCUGACCCAGUCAUUCGAGAUUAUGAUGCUGUUGGAGGUGCUGGACCUGGAGCCAUUCCACCGAUGUUGGUUACUGCUGGAGUCACCUAAAUAGGAAUCUUCUACCUGCCAUUUUCGAAGCUGGUAAUCUGGCUGCAUGUACUGGGUGUCUUCACCUGUAGCCAUACAUCAGAGGAAGCUGCCUGGACGAAGUGUGCCUGCAUGCCAGGUGUGGGUGAUACCACCCAUCUGAUCCUGUACAGGAGUAAGUGAAUAAAGAAAUAAAAUAAUGAAUACUUUGACUGGUAAGUAUGAUCAUAUUUGAAGGAGGGGGGGGGCAUAAGUAUGUUUGUCACUAGGAGUAAAUGAGGAUGUUAUGCUGUAUGUUUUUGUGAAGUGUUACCUCAGUUCAAAAGCCACUGAUUCCAAGCACAGAGAACCUGAGUUGUGUGUCGUGUUCCAUCAGCACAUAUACUACUUUGUUGAUAAGUCAUGUUGGCAUGCAACCCUCUUUUCCUUGCACACACAUUGUUCAUCACCUGGCUUCCUUCUAGGGACAUGUAAGUCACACACAGUACAUAAGUAGGAUUAGUCAUUAUUCACAUGCAAUAAGGUUUCUGUCUAGUAAUGCAUCAGUUCAUGGAGUAUUUGUAGUAUUGGUUCCUGUCAAUGAGUGUUUUUUUCCUUUUACUGGAUUUAAUUUGGUUCUUGGCCACACUCACUGAUACCUGCCAGGAAUGGUAUCGUAUGCAAUAUUAGAUACAUAUGAAAGCAUUCAUAAGCACUAUUUCUAAAACUACAAAGUGUGCUCCUGUUUUACCACUUUGAUUUCUUACUACAGUUGUACUGUGACAGAUUUGGCUGUCAACAAUUUGAUAGUUGCAAUCCUUGAUAAUGGUGGGUACCUGCACUUCCAACUUUCUGAGUUCAUAUGAAAGUAAGGCCUCUUACAGGUGUUACACUUCUUUCUUCACAUUGUCAUUCUACUACUCAUGAGAUACUGUGGUUUAAAUAGAAGCUGUCAGAGAGUGCACUGCCAGUUAAAGCAACAUCGAGCAACACAAAAACCUCUCGCACUGCCUGAUUGAGCUUGAGACAUCAUCAUAUGAAUGACUGGUGGUUGUUGUUUUGUUUUUGUCCGCCCCCCAAUUGACUAUAAUUACACAUUAUUUUCUUUGUAUUGAAACUUGUUAGCACUAUAAUAAUUCACAUAAUUUUAUUAAAAUCAAAUUAUUAUUGUUGUAUUUAUUGGUAACAUUACUUUUAAAUUACACAUGCCAACUUAAAAUCUGAUACAAAGCAUUUUCAUUAGUUUAUCUCACUCCAGCACAUUAGAAAUAGUCUGUAAGUGUAUCACAGAUGGCAUUAGGUUUAUUUGCAUUGUUGUGUUGCAUUGUAGAUCUUCUAACCCUUCAAUACUCGGUAUCCUGAAAUUAGAAAUAAUCCCACUCACACAAAAUUAUGCACUAUUACACAUGGCCGUGUCAGUGGCCGCACAGUCUGAGGCGUGGACCUUGUGCCACUUGGUCACUGGGACCGUGGGUUCAAAUCCCACUCAAGGCAUGGAUGUUUGUCUGCAUUUUUAUGUGUUGUGCUGUCCUGUGUACAAAGUAGAGGCCAUGCAACGGGCCAAUCCUUCCUCCAAGGAGUCCUACCAAAUGUCUAGAUCAAAACCAACAAAAAAGUUGGAACCCGCAGUGCUCAGGCACUUGAAGAACGGGUCGUCAAAGUAUCAAAGUAAAGUAUUGCGUAUGACUCCACAGUAUAUUCUGCAAAUUCCAAAGACAUGUAAUGGUCAUUGGAAAACUUUCCAUUUGUACAUUAGUAUUCUGAAUGAACAUUCAGGAUUGCAUCAAGCCCUCCAAAUAAAAUUAAUAUUGUUUGCCUCAUUAGGUUUUUUGCUCUGCAUGGCUGCAUUAUGUGGUGUGUUGGACUAGAUGUUUUAUCAGCAAUGAUAACGUCAUAUAACUUGGGUGCUGUGUCAGGUAACUGUACUGAGUCAUGAAUGUAAAGCUUGUUUGAGGUAGCGUUGCCCACAAGGUUGAAUUUCUUGACAUUGAUGAAUUGAAACUUUUUCUGACUGUGCCAGUGUUGACUGCAGUUAAGUGGUAAUUAGCAUUUGAUAGUGCUAACACCACAGCAAAGAAACGUUUGUAAUGUAGUGAUCCACUGUUCCUCCAUAAUUAGCAUGUUUCCUGCCUAAUGCUUUGUGCAGUUGGAAAAAUUUGCAUGCUUGUUCAAUUCAUCUGCAAUAUAUCAUUUUCUUUGCUUGGUGUGGGAAUUCAGCCCUCUUUCAGGAGGUUUCAGACUUUUGUGUGCAUCUUGAAUAAUUUCACAUAAAGUGGAAACUCCUUUUCUAUAAUUAUAUUCCAAUUCUGAUGAUGAACAACCCAAAGCAAGGUACCUGGGAAAAAAUUGAAGUUCAUUUGUUGGUCAUUUAACAAUAAUAAUUUCAGGGUUUAAGUUUCAGUGAAGGUGGAAGGGAAUCAGGAGUUCUUUUUCUAAAGAACUACAAAAGAGGAAAUCUGUUUGGUCGAGAUUAACAACAAGGAAAAUAUAUGUGUACAUGAUCAGCCUUUCUUCUUAUUAACUGUUGUUACUACUGAAAGGUAAGCCUGUAAUAAAUACUAUUACUGCUACAUGUGCGUGUGCACAUGUGUGUAAUAUAGGGCCUGUGUAUUUAUAUAUUUCUAUGUUCGUGACUUUUUCUUAAAAAAAGCUAUUCCAGUACAACCCUCAAUAUAAAGGAGGAUCAAGAUGCAGCACCAGAAGUUUAUGAUGCAUUGACAACUUUUGAAGGACAGAACAAUGCACACUUUCCCACCGGUGAUGCCCAUUAGUCCUCAGUAUCAAAAUGACAGACCAAAAAUGUGCAGUCCUCUUUGAGAUGGUGUUAUGUCCUUACCCAGAGCAUCCAACAAAGAACAACCUUGGCUGAUGAAGAUGGUGAAGUUAGUACCCACAGAAUACAAGUUGGAUGCCAAAAUGAAGACAAUUUCUGCCUUGAAAGAAUAUUAUUAUAGGCCUCUACACUCCAGCCCUUUCCAUAUCCUGCUUCUGCUAACUACCUUCCAUUCCAUAGACAUCCCAAAUUUGAACUUACUCAUUCUAUACACCAUAGAGAUGCAAAAUAUAUAAAUCAUUCAGAUGAUGGAGUGUAUACUCUAUACAUAUGGUCCACAGUGAUCGUUCUGAUUAUUGUCAGUUCAAAAAUACAAAUCCAGCAUUUGCGUGGUUUAAAUAUACUCAUUCGUAAUUUUAUUUCUAUGUUUUUCUUCAUCGCUUAUUGGUAUUUGCCUAAAAAUUUUGUGAAAUGUGUAUGUUUUGUAUGAUAAUUCACGUUCAGUUGUGUAAAUUGUGUAUUCCAGCUCGUGCCUACAUCCAAAAAGAGGUUUUGCUCAUUUUGUGAUUUUCUCAGGUGUAACUGAUAUAUGUUUAUUCAUUUUAUGAUUUCCAUGUUGGUGAAGAUGAUUUUCUAACUUGCUGUUUAAUUUGUUUAAUGACCUAGAUGGAAUUCUGCAAUAAUUGAAGAAUUAACCUCUUCUAAGAAAUCAUCAAAGUGUUCUCAAGUACUGAGCAUCAGGUGCACCCACAUGCUUCGGUUUUGUUUUCUUAUUUUAUCUUUUGCAAAUAGGCCACCAAACAGCAAAUAGUUCCUCUGGUUCCAGCUUUGCAGUUACAAUGCACUUCCUGCAAGUGAAAACUCCUGUCCAUAAAAUAGAGUGGCCAGUGGAUGGGUCCAAGGUGCACAUGUCUAUUAUUGUGUCCCAGGUUGUAAGAGUUGAGCUGUCCUUGGUGGAGUAGUGGCUACUAGAAGAAUAAGCUUGAACAGUGAGUCACAGAAUGUUACAAAAUAUAUGGCAUAAGAUAGCUUGAAAUUUUAUGAACUAAUCAUAAGAUUGAUAACACCUAAUGGUAAUGAUCCUUUGUAAUAAAUUGUAUCAACCACAACCCUGAUUCUAGUGACAUAAGAAAACCACAUACAACAUAUGAUACAGAUCUUUGGUAAAAAAGGGGUCUGUUUAAAUUUUAAUUAGUAAGGUUAUGUAUUAUAAAUUGAAAAUAAAAUUCUAAUUUGUAUAUGCCUUUGUAGAGUGUAGAACAAUGUACAUUCAACACCAUAUUCAUUUCUGAAAAUUUGUAGGUAUUGGGGCAUAAAACUGAAGGUCACCUAGGGCACCAAAUGCUCUUAUGUGUGCUUAGUCUUACAUUCAAAACUAUGCAAUCUCCAGCCAGUGUACGUGAUAUUGUAAUAUAAGUCCAAUUUUUAAUUUAUUUUAAAGAGAUUGUAUUGAUGUUUGAGUGGAGCGGGUGGUAAUGUAAAAUGUAGAGAAUACAAUAAAGCUUUUAAUUAAGUAAUUAUAA